CUCUGACGCCCUUCCUUUUCCCCAUCCGCAACUCCUCCCUUCUCGUUCCCUUUUAAAUUUUCUUGGAUUCUCCCCGAAAUCCUUGAAGGUUUUUCUCCCCAAACGCCACCGCAGUUCACUUUCCCGUGGGAAAAAUGUUGGUUUUUUCAUGGAAUUGAACCUUUUUUGUCCUUCGCUUUUGAUUCUGUUUGAAUAUCUGUAAUCAGAUCCGCAAGAAAACAGGAGAAAAAGAAGGAAAGAGAACGGAUGGCAACAACGUCUUAUUGGUGCUACAGGUGUAGCAGGUUCGUCCGAGUGUGGAACCGGGAGCCGGUCACGUGCCCGGACUGCGACGGCGGGUUUGUGGAGGAGAUCGACGAGUCGCCACGUCGCUUUAUGGCUGACUCCUACCGUCAACGCCGAGGUAGUAGGAGGUUCUCUGCGGCCGAGAUGCACAUGAUUGGAGGAGGAAGCAACUGGUCAACCGCCAGCACGAGUAGCGCGGAGAACAGCGACAUUAACAUCGACGAACCCGGUCGAGGUACCAGCAGUCGAGGGACGAUUGUUCGUAGAAGCCGCCGGAAUGGAGGCGACCGCUCGCCUUUCAACCCGGUCAUCGUCCUACGCGGUGGAGGCGGCGGGUCAUCUAGACGGUCUGAUGACUUCGGCAGCGGCGGCGGCGCCGUACCUCCCGUGGAUCGUGGAUUCCAGCUUUACUACGAUGACGGUGGGGGUUCAGGGUUGCGGCCGUUGCCGCCGAAUAUGUCGGAGUUUUUAUUGGGACCUGGUUUUGACCGGCUGCUUGACCAGAUUUCGCAAAUCGAUGUCAACAACAUCGGCAGCAACAACGGUAGGUGCGAGCAUCCGCCGGCGUCAAAAGCCGCGAUCGAGGCUCUUCCAUCUAUAGAGGUCAACACGAUCCAUCUCGAGACGGAGUCUCAAUCGAACUGCGCCGUGUGCAAAGAAAUUUUCGAGUUGGGGACAGUGGCCCGUGAAAUGCCUUGUAAACACAUCUACCAUUCGGAUUGCAUCCUCCCAUGGCUAGCGCUCCGCAAUUCUUGUCCAGUUUGCCGUCACCAGCUUCCUCCCGAUGACGAUGGCGAUGGUACCUUUGAGGAAGGGGGAGUCGCCCGGGGCGAGGAUGACGAGGAUGAUGCCGUAGGACUGACAAUUUGGAGGCUCCCGAGAGGUGGGUUCGCGGUGGGGCGGUUUGCUGGCGCGAGAAGAGCCAGUGGUGAAGGAGGAAUAGGCGCGGAGAGGGAGAUGCCUGUUGUGUAUACAGAGGUGGACGGUGGAUUCAACAAUGGCGGGUUACCAAGGAGGAUUUCGUGGGGACCCAGAGGGAACAGAGAAGGGAGGGAUAGAGGCGGACUGACGGGUCGGUUUCUUCGUAGCUUAUUUGGUUGUUUCAGUGUGACUGCAUCAUCUUCUUCAGGUUCAGAUUCAAGGUUGGGAAGGAGUACAUCGCUUUCUCUGUUCAAUUCGUCAACGCGGAGGCGGUCUUGGGGUAUGGAGGCUGAUCGUGAGAGGCGGAGAUCCUGAAUCUUGUCACGACGAUAAAGUAAAUUAGAUCUCUAUGCUUCUGGGCGUCACUCAUUAGGGAGCGAAAUGAAUUGUUCUAUUAGGUCCUGUAACUGUAUAUAUCACGAGCUGAAGAUCCAACGCGUAAUGUAAUGGUUACCCCAAAUAACAGUUUUGAAAAAGGUUUUUAAAUUAAUGAAUUGAGAAAUAUUUGGGUUUCCAAAGAUGGCAGAUUACUUGUGUGCAAUGAAUAAGUCAAGUCAUAGUUGUAUGAGACAGCAACAACAACAACAGGAAGAAGAAAAAGCAGACAAAGAUGAUGCAGAACCAGAAAUCAUGAGAGGGGAAUCAGGAGAAAUCAACCAGAAGAAACAAGGUAUACAAAAUCGAAGUAGAGGACCAAAAACUUAAUUUUACUUUCCCCUUUUUCUGGUUCUAUUGUUUGUAGUUUGUAGUCCGGUUACUAAUCUGAUAAUUUUUUUAUCCACCA